AUGGACGAGUCGUACCACGAUGCCCACGCCACCCUCUCGUCUAAAUUCCCCGCGCUAGCCGAACAGCUUUUGCUCCACGGCAAGACGAUCGCCGAUAUCCUCUUAGCUGACGACGCCACUUUAUCGAAGCAAAUCAACUGGCUGGUCCGCGAGAUCGAAGACUAUCGGCGGGUGUUGAACGGGUUGCUCACUCUGAAACCAGUCGAUGUUCGUGAAACGGUUUCGGGCGAUGUUGGUGGUUGUAUCUCUACUGGAUUACCUCAAUUAGAUGCCGACUUAGGCGGUGGGAUACCACGGGGCGAUAUCACGGAAAUCUUUGGCGAACUGGGCAGCGGCAAGUCCCACUUGAUGCUUUCCAUCGCCGUCAAUUCAGUUUUGAAAGGGGACGAGAAGUGUGCCUAUAUUUGUACGGAAAAGUUCCUCGAGACCAAGCGUCUUCAGGCGAUGGCUGACCACUUCCAGGUGAACGUGGACAACAUCAGCUAUAUCUAUUGUGCUAAUCUUGAAGCCCAGGACCAUAUAUUCACCACCCAAUUACCGAUACUAUUGGCUUCAGGCGAUUAUAGCGCGGUGGUGAUUGAUCUGAUUUCUCACCACUGGAGACUAGACCAGCCGUUCACCACCAAUAGCUGUCUUGAUGACAAGAUUUCAACGUUAGAGGCUCAGUUGGAUGAAGACGAGUUGGCCCAGGUGGCUAGCACUCCCACCAAACCCAAAUUCGCGUUUAUGACGGCUGCUUAUGAACGUCGUAUCACUAAACAGUUUUUGGCUAACGAUACCGUACGCCAGCUCAUGAAGCUUGCCACCGAACAUAACGUGGCGAUUGUGGUGGGCAACCAAGUGGCGGAUAACGUCAAUAAGCCCGUCGAUGCCUCCCAGUUCCAAGGGGCCGAUGAUCCAUUUAAUUAUGACUUUAUUAGUGGUGUGGCUCUGGGGUGGACUCCUGCCACUCUACAGCAAUUUAACCAUGUCCCCGUCGAUGUCCUGAUUGAUAUCCAUGCUAUGGACCCUUAUCGACGUAUGGUUUCAGCGUUGGGACCCUCGUGGCUCAGAUGGUCGGCUAAUCGAGUCCUCGUGAAAAAGAGCUACCACGUGGCCAAAACCGACGAUGAGCUUGAAGAAGAAGCUAGUACGGUGUGGAACGUCAAACGCAGUGCCGUGGUGGUGCUGCUGAAAGGUAUUUGUGAUAAUACGGUCGAUCCAGUGCCAUUCACUAUCACCGCCACUGGUCUUGCUGCCACUACUGCCACUGCGUGA